ACGUGGGAAGACAAGAAAUAACCAAGAGCAUGCUGUUUUUUCAAAUUGAAAUUUAUAUUUCAUAUAAAGCGCCACGACGAAUGAGUCGUGUCAAUCGGUUUCUCAUUGGCACGUGUUUAGUUUGAAAUCGCCGAUUUCAAUUCGGGAUUGGUUGUAAUUAAUGUUUGUGGUCAGUGGUUGUGAUCGUAAUGUUUUCGUUGCGAUCGGUUGCGGUGGUUUCGUUCAUAAAGGAAUUUCAUUUCCCUCACAUUUAUAUCUAUGCCCAAAUGGUUUCGAACAGAAAAAUCGAUAAUCAAAGCUUAGGCCGAGCUCGAACAUAAAUAAAAAAAAUGGAAGGCACGCGACUGAUAGUGGAACGCGUUCUUUCAUCUAUUGUGUGGAAUUGAAUAAAGAAUGGCCGGGAAGAUGGCGGCGGCAGAGUUAAAACAUGACAAUGCUUCGUGCUACGAAACUCAGAAAAGAAAUGCAUCGACAGCGAUGUCGCACAGGGAAAUCGAAUGUUACCGGUUCCGAUUAUUCGAUUUAAUUUACUACAUGAUAUCUGUCAGUUUUUUUUUCAUCGAUAUAGCAACAGACAGUAUUGUUUUUACGGAGUAUUUUUUACAAGGCCAAUUUAUCUGGGGAUGCUUUGCCUUGAGUUUCACAAUUUUACCCGCUGCUGUUAUACAAAUGUUUAGUUUGAGAUGGUAUCAAAGCGAUGGCUCCAUUAAAGCUAUACAUUGGCUGUUACAUUUUCUCUUUUUAGGAGUAUUACAAAGGUAUUUAAUAUUACUUUAUGCUACAAUUUAUUCAUUGAGGAGCAAACGAUUUGUAAAGGAUAAAAAUUGGGUAUACAGACAGGAAAGCGAUAUAUGCAUGCUACACCUGUUCGAAUCGUUUAUGGGGGCUGCUCCGCAAUUAAUAUUGCAGCUAUACAUUAUGGCAGUAUUACGUCGUACACCACUGUGGACAAGUCUGUCGGCCGUAGUGUCCUUUUGUUCGCUGAGCUGGGCGAUAGGCACCUAUACGAAAGCGAUGCACAAAAUAAAUCCUGAUCACGAGGCGACAUGGGUGGCAUUGACUCUUCAGAGCCUCUGGCGAGCGGGUAUGCUGAUCUCCAGAAUAGCCGUUUUGGUCUUAACGGCGCUUUGUCUAAGGGAAUGGUUUUUGUUGUUCCUGGGACUCCAUUGGCUGUUUAUGACCGUUUGGGUGAUCCUACAGAACACAGACUUCUGUCCGACGAUGUGGGAGGAGCGUAUUUAUAAUUGUAUCAUAGGGCUAAUUUAUUGUUUCGAUUUCUUUAAUCUGCGGGUUGGCCGGUCCCGGUACAGAAUGCUUAUCUUCUACUUCGUCGUGACGGUGGAGAACACAGUAUUCCUGGUGGUCUACGUGUUCUGUUACAAGAACACAAUCAGGACCGAGGAGAUCGCGACAGUGACCAGCCUGGUGGCCGGAGGGAUGAUGAUCGGUUUGUCGAGUAUGCUACUUUACUACGGUAAAUAUCAUCCCUCGAAAGUGAUGAUCGGGGGCGGGUCGAUGGCCGCCGACGACAAGCGGACCGAAACGGCGAUCAAGACGACGGGCACGCCUCGAUCGUUCAAACAGUAUUACGCGAACUCGUCGUGUUCCGUCGGUCAUUCUCAAGGGACUGCGUCCGAAGAGGUCACCACGGACAAGCAAUCGUUGCUAACGAACAUCGUGCAGAGCUCGGACUGCGCGGAGACCGGCGUUAUCAACCAGAGCUGCAAGGUCGCCAGCGAAUCGAAGACUGCAGCCGUUCGCGUCGUCUCUGAAUGCGAGUCGGCGCACAACGAUGCUCCCCUGAAGGACGAGGGUGGCGGGGGCGGAGCUGGGGGUGAAUCAAAGGGGUCGUUCCUCCCAGACACCGCGGCCCGAGAAUUUGAGAUGCAGAACGACUGCAACGAUGCUGCUGAGAAAAAGAACGUUCACCGGCAAAAACGUAGAGGCAUCUGCCUGCCGACGAGCCACGGCUUCGACAUAGAGACCAUGUCUACCGAGGCACCAGCGUCGUCGAAUUUGCCGGGGCCGUCGCGAAAGCGGCAAGGAAUUUGCUUCUCGACCCAGUUGAUUCUCGAGAUGGAAAACGACGAGAACGACAAGCUUGCGGACAAGAAGUUGCAAAAUAUGAGCGGGGCUCACGACGAUCUGCUGGAGGACAGAUCUAUCGGCGAAACUCGUAACGGAACGAGCGAGAAGGAGGACCAUGAAACCGUGAACAACGUCAAGAUCUCCGGCAGGGAUCGCCUGAAAACCCCGCCGAUUUUCGACGAUGCUCGUGAGAAGAUCUCGGAGACCGAGAAGCUGACGAAGGAGCAGAGGGACGAGACCAUGAGCUGCGUCACCUCCAUACACGACUAUGAAAAUGUCUGUCCGUUAGGAGUAGCUAGACCCCCGUGGUGCAUUCGUAGUUGGAAGGGGUACACGGACAUAGAGACUUAUAUUCAUGACGACAGCGUGGUCAGGGAUAGACGGAGGGAUACUUUGACCAGCACCACCACGGGGACGACGUAUAGCUCGGAGUUCUCUGAUAUAACUUGCGUCAGCUCGAUACUCAGGGGGAUUUUGAAACAGGACGACUACCUCGACACGUUAGCUUACGACCUGAUCGAUCCCAGGGAGUUAAGAACGGUUCACAAUGAGGAUGCGUCCACUGCGAAGAGGCCGUCCGAAACGGAGGAGCAAAAUGCCACCGUCUAUAUCGCGAAACCCGUGGUGAUCGACGAGAAGGGCGGCAUGUUUGCUCUGGACACCAUUCUGGAGGAGCACGACGAGGAGAAAUUAGAUUACGGUAGACCGGCCCGCGAUUCUGUUAGCACCCUGGUGAGCACAAUCGAUCAGAUCAGAAGGUACACGGCGGACAACUCGCCGAGGCACGUGUACCAUACGACAGGGUCCCAGUGGGAGGACUUCGAUCCGAAAAACUUGAUCAAGAAGGCGCAGCUAACUAGGGCGUUGUUCAAGAAUGAUCUGAAAGAUCCUGCCACCUGCAGCAGGAACUACCUGAACAGCCUGGAUGAGUCGGAUUCCAUCGUCCGAGGUAGAUGCGAGAUAGACGCUAUCAGGGACUUGGUCAAGUAUUGCGCGAUCGAGUCGAUCAGGAAGACGCCGCUGAUAGACGCCAUACUAUCGGACUCGCCUAUUCUGGGCGGCAAAGCGAAGCAGCUGCAGAAGCAGCAGAACACGUACCGGGAAAACGAGACCGAUUCGAAAGACAACGAUCUGUACGUCGAGAUGAGUCCUCUGGUUCCUAUCGUUCAUGAUGUUCAAGUCGUACAGAAGAACUUCUCUGGCAGUCCCGAGUCUGCGAAGACCUGCAACGCCGUUAGCGUUGUUCCGCCGAACGUCUGUGCAGAACCCACGGAUCUGAAUUUCGGAGAGAAGACAGAAUCCCCUGAGAAGCGCAGGAAACCGAUGAACUAUCCGAAACGGAAGUUCUCGUUGUUGAAGGAAAAGUUCGAGGCUAAGUCGCAACUAGUCUACGUCGUCACGCCGAACAACGCCAUCAAACUGGGACAGCCUGCGGUUUCCACCGAGUUGGACACGUCGAAAAAGAACACGUCGGUUGUCUCGAGGAAAAGCACAGACCUCUCCGCGAGGCACGACAAAGAGAACUUGGCUCCCGCGGCACCGUUAAACGUCGUGCAGCCGAAGAAUCCUCCUAUCGACCGAUGCCCCGCGAAUCGGGAGAAAACCGACUCGAUUUACGAAAACGACAAGUCUCGUGAUACCGAUUUAAAUCUAAAACAGAGGAGGCACAUAUUUUUGGAGCAGGUCCUGUCACCACCCAAGCUGCUCACGUGGAACAAGAGAAGGUCCCUCGUCGGCUCUGCUGUGAAAAAGUUUUAGGGCUGCUGGCACCGCCCUUGCGAAUUGCUCCCAAAGGCCACAUUUACGAGCAAACGGCGACAGUGAAAGAACAGACUGUCCACACCUUAAACAAAGACUUAUCUUUCUUUUGCUGGUAUUGCUUAGCUGGCGGGGAGCAUUCGGUACACUCUUAAGAAUCUAUGGUACGAGCUUCCUCACAAGAGUGAUAUUUAGAUUUAUUUUUUUACUAGAUCGAUGUCUUCCUGUGUUCUGGUCGCAUACCUCUUCGGUAGUCGGCUCAGAAACAAGUUGUAUUAUGUACUGUAUCCAUUUUUAUUAAGUAUGUAAAUCGAUUACAUCGUUGCCAAGUACGAUAUUACAUUAUACAAUAUUAAAGAUCUGUAAUAAUUAUACAUAUGAAAAUUAUUUUUA